AUGUCAGAGAGUGGGAGCCGGGUGACAUCACCACCCGCACCAACCCCUGAGCCCCCAGACCUUCUUCGUCCUAAUCCCAAGCCACUUCCUGACCUGACUGCGUCAGAGAGCGGGACCUGGGUGACAUCACCACCCGCACCAACCCCUGAGCCCCUAGACCUUCUUCAUCCUAAUCCCGACCCACGUCCUGACCCGACCAUGUCAGAAAGUGGGACCUGGGUGACAUCACAACCCGCUCCACCCCCUGAGCCCCCAGACCUCCUUCAUCCUAAUCCCAAGCCACUUCCUGACCUGACUGCGUCAGAGAGCGGGACCUGGGUGAUAUCACCACCUGCACCAACCCCUGAGCCCCCAGACCUUCUUCGUCCUAAUCCCGACCCACGUCCUGACCCGACCAUGUCAGAGAGUGGGACCCGGGUGACAUCACCACCCGCACCGACCCCUGAGCCCCCAGACCUUCUUCGUCCUAAUCCUGACCCACGUCCUGAACCGACCACUUCAGAGAGUGGGACCCGGGUGACAUCACCAGCCGCACCGACCCCUGAGCCCCCAGACCUUCUUCACCCUAAUCCCGACCCACGUCCUGACCCAACCGCGUCAGAGAGCGGGACCCAGGUGACAUCACCACCCGCACUGACCCCUGAGCCCCCAGACCUUCUUCAUCCUAAUCCCGACCCACGUCCUGACCCGACCACGUCAGAGAGCGGGACCCCGGUGACAUCACCACCUGCACUGACCCCUGAGCCCCAGGACCAACUUCGUCCUAAUCCCAACCCACAUCCUGACCCGACCGCGUCAGAGAGCGGGACCCCGGUGACAUCACCACCUGCACCGACCCCUGAGCCCCAGACCUUCUUCGUCCUAAUCCCGACCCACGUCCUGACCCAACUGCGUCAGAGAGCGGGACCCCGGUGA